AUGGAUGCUAAUUCGUCACAAUGUGUACCUGAGACGAUCAGUUCUACGUUGAGCCCUGGAUUUACCAAUAAUCGCAUUUAUCGAGCGCAGACCAUUCAUACUGCUUCCCAGACUUCCAACGCCGCCGAGUCCUCCUCAUCUUGGAGGCAACCAGGUCAUUGGUCUGAAGGAAGCUCUACCAAUCUACAGCCUCCCAUCUGGACUCCCCACAAGUCCUCCGCUACCACUUACAGCCAGUACUCCGAGAGCGCAGGGGGGAUCGAUACUUCAACACCUUGUGUAGAAGAUUACGAUUUGCGGCCAACGCCUGAUGACAAUGCUGCAUCUAUGCAAAGCUACAAUGAUCCACGAACCGGUAUCUGGGCUCAAGAGGAGCCAACGAUGGGCAUGCGCCGUGGAAGUGGCAUUAACUCCACGGUAACACGCCUACUACCACAAAACCUACAAGAAGUCUUCGCCAAUGCCGACGCCGCAACACCUUUCGGUACCGAGUCUCAGUCUGACGAAUGUGCUCUGUUUUUGAACGCGGCGUCUGGCGCUGAUGGAGGAACAGGAAUGGCAGCUUCUUCAUUUUCACCGCUGUCAACAACUGGAGGUCCAGUACCACAAAUUUUUCGACUUCCAUCCAGUGGCCAAUCAGGAGUCAUGAUCGUGAUCAAUGGUACAAUGUACCUUGCAGAUACCUCGGUUCAACGAACCCCAGGAGUCGAGUACUCUUUCCUCCCGCCCGGCAGCGACCUAAAAUCUUCACCAAACAUGGCACCUAGAAUCCUGUUGGACAAUCCACCCCUUCCAACCACGACCUUGCCACCUACUUUUACCAUCAACCCUCCCGCCCCAGCUCCUUCCCCAUCAGUCUCUGCUGAUACAUCAACUGCUGGCGUCGCAACGUGCACGUUUAGAGGGUGUGGAGCAAAAUUCCACGGGGGCUCGAAAAAGGACUCGCUACGACGACACAAGCGUAAUCGCCAUGGUAACAAAACAAAACCCACAUGUCCAGAAUGCCACUUGGUCAUCCAAUCAGGUCGUCCAGACAAUUUGAUAAGGCAUAUCUUACGUCAACACUCAGGUCAGCCGCUGGCCGCAUCGCUCAAGGUACGGACGAAGUAA